ACGUGAGAGAACUCGUAGGCACGACUGAGAUAAUGUCGCUGGUCGGCACAUCACCCGACGUGAUCAAGGUGGAUAAUGUCUGUCGGGAUGCAAAUCGCCUGAUUGUCGGCGGCACCGAGGCUAAGCCCGUGGCGGUCCGACUGACGCACGGAUAGGUUUUCAUAGAUUGACAGACCAGCAACCCGGUGUCACAAUUGCCAUUAAGACCAUGAUACGACAUCCGGAUUACAACCCACCCGCGAUGUAUGCGGACAUAGCUCUAGUGCAACUCAUGAAUGCCGUUACAUUUAACACAUCGAUACGACCUGCAUGUCUUUAUGUACAGUACGAUACCGGGCCUAUGAACGCCUGGAUCAGCGGCUGGGGUGUUACCGAAUUCGCUGGAGAGCAGACCGACCGAUUGCAGAAGGCUCAGUUGGACUUGGUAGACAAUUUAGCGUGCACGAUACGGCACAACAGUUCCAAAGAGGUUCCAUAUGGCGUCACACCGAGCAUGGUUUGUGCGGGUGAUCCUCAUGGCGGUUGGACCAAGGAUUCCUGCCAGGGCGAUUCCGGAGGUCCUUUGCAAAUUAUCCAUCCUAAAAAUUUGUGCUUCUUUCAAGUGAUCGGUAUCACCAGUUUCGGUCAGGGCUGCGCGAUCAUCGACGCACCUGGUGUUUACACUAGAGUAUCCCAUUAUAUAUCCUAUAUUGAGAAUAUCGUCUGGCCGUAAUAAUUGUGAUCUAUUAGACUUUUACGCGAAAGAUAUAAAAAAACAUAGUUUAUUAAAUUGUACUUAUUCAAAAAUCAAGUCUCACAAUUAAUCAAUUAAAAUUGACUAGUCAGUCAAAUUAAUCUAGAACUAAGGAAUUUAUAACAUUUACAAUUUUUUUCCACUUCUCGUCAUUUUAUGAUAUAAUAUCCAUUCAUCAUAUAUAAAAAUAAUUUUAAAAUUUCAGAGAAGUCACAUGCAGUCAUUUUAUAUGCUGCUUAUGUUCCAAUUAUUACCUGUGAAGAGAAAAUUAUCGACGGUUGUGAAAAGCUAAUUGUAUAUAUGUUAUAAUUCUAUUAAUUAUGAUAGUGCAAUAAAACAGUUUGCAGUUUGGACUAGAAUAUCGGAACGUAUACAAGAACGGAAAAGUCACGAGAAGGUAUGAAUUGUAAAAUGCGAGACUGAUGAUAUUGACUUUCUGAAUCUUAGAAAUUAAGAGAUCUUGCUAUCGUGAAUGGUUCGCCAUGUGAGUCCAUCACCAUAUGGGCCAUGGUUUGAUGGGAACAGAACAUGCCACCAGCUUCUGCAACAACACAUAAACGAAAUACAUUUCGAGAAUAAUAUUCGCCAUGUUUGACAGUAAAAAUAAUAACAUGAAAAUAACAUUCAAUAUAUUUGAUGAAAAAUACUUGUAUGCUGAACAAAAUUUGCAACAAAACUAAUUUCCAAUUUCCUUUACAAAUAUUCUAUUUUAUAUAUAAUUUACUGUUGUGACAUAGAAAUAAAAUUAUUUUAUAAAUAUACUCAUUUUGUUCUCGUUUAAUUAGCUUUCUUGAUGAUUUAUAUUGCUCUCUAAAUAUCAAUUGAUUGUAUUUUAAUGAAAGAUUCUCUCACAAACAUUUAACAUUUCAAUAUAUAUUUUAGUAAAA